AUGCCAGAAGACAAUGAAGAUAAUGAAGCAGUUUAUCUUCUGAAUGAAGAGGGCGAUGUGCCGCCCAACUUAAUAGGUACAAAUUCACCUCCCAGUAUUUCGAAUCUUGACUAUGUAGCAUACGCUACGAUUGGCGCUUCAUAUCUUUGGCCAUGGAACUGCCUACUAUCCGCGACGCCUUAUUUCCAAGGAAGAUUUGAGGGAUAUAAAUUUCUUCAGGCCAAUUUUUCAAGUUUUGUUAUGUCAAUCACAACUGUGACAGGUACCCUGUUCACAAUCCUCUUGGCAGACCGGCAAAAGAACGCUGACUACUCUUGGAGAGUGAGGGUCGGGGAACUUACUAUUGCCAGUGUGUUUUUGCUAUUAGCAUUUUCCUGUGCAUUAUCUAUUCCUGCCGUUCCAUACUUCUUAUUCAUUUUGUUAUGUGUUUUUUCCUCUAGUAUUGGAACUGGAUUAACUCAGAACGGUUCAUAUGCCAUUGGCAACACAUUGACCUCCAGCCACACUCAGGCUAUUACUGUGGGCCAAGCUGUCAGUGGUGUAUUACCACCAAUCAUCUCAAUGCUCUCAGCUAUAGGAAGCGGAGCAAGUAAAGAGCAUUCCAAUGAUGUUAAUGAAUCCCUAGAUGUUAGAGAGAGUGGUUCCUCUUCUACGAACUCAUCUGUUGGAUCAGCCCUGUACUUUCUGGCAGCUACUGCAGUGUGCACAGCUGCUAUUAUUUGUUUCAGACAGAGUGAGAAAUAUCGAAAAUCAAAUGCAUCGGGUUUCAGUUUUUCUAAUGAGAAUCCUGCUCCGGAACCUCUUUCAGCAACCAAAAAGCAGCAUAUUCCGUUAUCAACAUUAUUUAGUAAGCUAUUCGUUCCUGCUUCUACUGUCUUUAUCACUUUUGCAAUCACUCUUAUCUAUCCUGUUUUUGCAGGUACAGUGAAGUCAUCAAAUGGUAUUCCUACUCAAUUUUUCAUUCCUGCGGUUUACCUCUUCUGGAAUUCGGGAGAUCUUCUUGGCCGGGUUUUGUGUGGUCGUCCACAAUUUGUUGUUAAAGACCGCCGAGCUCUCACAGGUUACGCUGUAGCUCGAUUAUUAUUUGUGCCUGCAUUUUUCUUGACUAACAUUAACGGUGAUGGCAUAAUUCAAAGCGACGUCUAUUAUCUCCUUCUUCAAUUUGCAUUCGGAGUCACAAAUGGACAGCUCGUGACUAGUGCAUUGAUGGAAUCCCCAUCGUUUGUAAACGAGAACGAAAAAGAGGCUGCUGGUGGAUUUAUGACUAUGUCUUUAUCUAUUGGCCUUGCUGUUGGGUCUCUUUUAUCAUUUGUUCUCGUUUGGAUUCUUGGCUAA